ACUCACUGGAGCCUCCUCUGAGCCUCCAUGAAGCUAUAGAAGAGGUAAAAUGUCGACUGGGAGCUCAGACUCUUCAGUGGUGUAGCUGGCUGUAAGUUGCCCAGGGCACUCUUCAGUGGUCAGUUGCCUGUGAAUUCCACAGGCAACCCUGAAACAACUAGACACUGUGGGAUGUUGGAGGGACUCCACGUGACAAGGGACACAGUGUCAGAAACAUUGGCUUGGCAGCAGUGGACCCUGAGACAAACACACUUGAGCUCACCGUUUGUCCUCCAGCCUGGAGUGAGCUGGUUCUGCAGGUGCGGGGUGGUGACGCCAAUGGCCAGAUAGAGCCUGUUUUGUAGCUGGCUCACUCAGCUUCCCCAGGGCCUCAUGAGGAGGGUAUGGCACACAUUUCAGUACACACACCACUCAAAGCUAGGUGCAUUGACCUGUUACCCAGCCCAGACACAGAAGCCUCAGCCCACAGGGCAGAUUUUGAAACUGUAUUCUUUGGAAGAAGAGGAGGGUAACCUAAGUCUGUGCAAAUGGGGACCUUUGAGGGGAUAGUAAGUGUCCUUAGAAGGAGAAAGAUGAGCUGGAGAAAUGGCGUGGUGAGCACUUGCUGGUCUUCCAGAGGAACCAAGGUCUUAAUAAUACUCCCAUCUCACUGAGUGGAAAACAGAAGCACAGAGAGACAGAUGAACUUGUCUGGGGCCACACAGCGAGGACCUGUGACGUGAAAACCUCACCGAGGGGCUGGGGAGAUGGCCCAGUCAAAAAGGUAGUCAUGUGUAAGCAUGAAGACCUGGUCUGACCCCCAUGGCCCAGGCGGGACGCUGGGCACAGUGGACCGGAGCCGUGGCUGGGCACAGUGGACUGGAGCCGUGGCUGGGCACAGUGGACUGGAGCCGUGGCUGGGCGCAGUGGACUGGAGCCGUGGCUGGGCGCAGUGGACUGGAGCCGUGGCUGGGCGCAGUGGACUGGAGCCGUGGCUGGGCGCAGUGGACUGGAGCCGUGGCUGGGCGCAGUGGACUGGAGCUGUGGCUGGGCACAGUGGACUGGAGCCGUGGCUGGGCGCAGUGGACCGGAGCCGUGGCUGGGCACAGUGGACUGGAGCUGUGGUUCAGCAGUUCCGGCCCUUGGUGCUCUUAUAAAGGACCCGAGUUUGGCUCCCAGCACUCACACCGGGAGUUCACACCUGCCUGUAACCCAGCUCCGGGAUCCAGUUCUUUCUCUGGUGUUGGUGCACACCAGCACUCACAUUCACAAAUUCAAGUU